AUGGCGGAGCACGAGCCGUGGUCGGUCGAGAUUUCGGGCGACAUGGACUCCAUGAUCGAGCCGAUGUAUGAAGACGACAUUGAGACGAUGAUUCACGAGGUGAAGCCCGAGGACGUGCAGCACUUCGAUAACAAGCAGUUCGUUCGCAUCACGGACGAGCAGAUGCCCGAGAUCCUCAAGUUUAUCGACGAGAGCGAUCAAUAUCAAUUUGAGGACUGGGCCAUCAUCGGGGAGACCAAGGGCGAAGAUGAGGAGUCCAUUCCUGGCUCCUCCGAGCCACCCAUCGACGCAUCAUCCCAACAAAAGGUUCUUCUGUCGACGAAGACUCCUGGCGACGUCAAUGCUGGAGCAGCAACUUCACCCCACCUCGACGAGGAAGAAGGCGAAGAGGAAGAAGAAGAGAGCGAAGAGGAGGAGAACGCAGAGCCCAACGAAGCCGAAAACUCGCUGGUGUUCUCGAUGUUCCUUUCGAACUGGGAGGAUCAGGUGCGACAGAUCCGAGAGGCCAAGCGGCUGGAAUGGGAGCAGCGGAUGAAGGGCUUGCUCGGUGACGAGGGGCAGCAGCCGCACGAAAUCGUUGUCGACGGCGAGAAGGCGUUCGUGGAUGAGGAUGGCGACUCGUGGGUUCUAAUCGACGGCGACUCACCCGCGCCCAAGAGCCAGGCCGCCCCGACCGUCAACUCGACGCCGGCCGAUAUGCAGUUGGCGAUCGUCGAUUCUCAAGUAGCCCGCAGGACGGGUUUUUUUGAGAACUGGCCCUCAUUCAACGUUGGAUCCAAGCUCGGAGUCGUUCUAGCCGCCACGGGAACGAGCUUCGCCUUCGGGUUCAUGAUGGGGGCCAGGGCAGCUAUGGAUUCCUUCUACAGACUGUGCGAGCGGCCGCUGGUGGCGGGCGUCGUGGGCGUGACGACGGCCUUUGCCGUGUCGAUCCAACCGACGAUGCUGGUGACGGCCGUCAAGUACAUCAUCCUCGGCGGCGUCAUCGGCGGCUCCGCGGUCGCCACGCCCGUGUUCGUCGUCGGCACCACCGGCGUCUUCGUCUCCGCUGCCGUCUACCACUCGUGGAUCGCCGCCAAACGGGGCGUCAUGCGUGCCGUCGCGUCGCCGUCUCGCUCGCCUGCGUCGCCGGCUUCAUCAGCUCGGGCCAUCGCCGUCCCGCUCAAGAUGAUUGCAGCUCACCCCAACAACGGCGACGUCUCCCGCGACAAGAAGGACGCGUGA